GAGGCAACAGCGGCGGUAGAAAGUGACGGACCAUCAUAUUUAUUGUAUUUAUCAGCUUUAUCAGCAUUUAAGAAUUACUCCAAUGGAUUUGGAAACUGGAACAUACGAACCAGGAUUUGUUGGGAUACGGUUUUGUCAAGAAUGUAACAACAUGUUAUACCCUAAAGAAGACAAGGAGAACCGUAUCCUGCUGUAUGCGUGCAGGAAUUGCGACUACCAACAAGAGGCAGACAACAGCUGCAUCUACGUCAAUAAGAUCACCCACGAGGUUGAUGAGUUGACACAAAUCAUUGCUGAUGUAUCUCAAGAUCCAACGCUACCAAGGACAGAGGAUCACCCCUGUCCCAAAUGCGGCCACAAGGAGGCAGUGUUCUUCCAGUCUCACAGUAUGAAGGCUGAGGAUGCUAUGAGGCUGUACUACGUCUGCACGGCCCCUCACUGUGGACACAGAUGGACGGAGUAAAGCUGGUGAUGAUAAAGAGGUCCCAUCAUUUUCAUCUACAGUGUUGCUGUUUGCUAUAACAGUCCUAGCUGCAGCUCUAACAGAGCUGAUUUUUAUUCUCACCAUACCAGUCAGUAAAAAUGUGAAUAUAACAUUACAUGACCGCUCAGGUUGUUGUCAAAUUGCAGCACUGCUGAUGUUUAUAGACCCUGAAAUUAUCUUUGUAUGAUGACUUACAGUUUGUCACACAGCAUCUUGUGAAUAUAAUGUAUUAAUAGUUUUUUACAGCGGCUGUCAUUUUCAAAUGU